GCAAACCAGUCCACUAUCUCUGCCAAAGCCCUAAAUGGGUCAUGGAGAGUCAGACACAACUCAACAACAACAACCAAUGGAGAAAUGCAUUGUCAAAUGCCCCAUCACAGAGAGUCAGAGAGCGCUGUUAGAACAUCAGCCCCUUGAGCACAGGGAUGACGUUACUUUUCUUUCUGUUUUCCCGUUGGACAGCAGGGUGCUGGGCACAGGGUGAGCACUUACCAAAGGACUGUUGAGAUCAGCUUAGCCACCCCCUUUUUGUGGGGCAGCAUUUGGUGGAAUUAGGUGGGUUGGUCAACCCCCAGAACUACUGCAGACAAGGACGUUGUGGUACAGACUUGGGGCAGGUACAUUGGAUCUGGAACCCACCUGUGGACCUUUGGACAAGAAGAGCUUAAAAGCAGGUUUUUGGAGGGUGGCAGAUGACUCCUGUGCCAGGGAAACUCCUUGCUGGAACUCACUUAUUUCUUCUUCAGACACUCUUUCCUGGGGGUAUUUGAAGGUCCUUUUAUUAAAGAGAUUGUUUGUUUGAACCUGGGGCUCUGAGGGACCCAACCAGAUGUGGAACCGGGAUGUGGAGGCUACCCAUUGCCCAGAAGGGGCAACUGAGGCCCAGAGAGGGGAAAUGAGUUGCCCUAGGUGGCCCAGCUAAAGCUUUGGAGGUAGGACUCAAAUCCAGUAUCCUGACUCCCAUUGCAGGGUCUUUUUUCCCCUGUACUGCCUAGAAUGCUUUCCCUCCCCUUCAAUUUCUCCUUACUUUGAACCCAGGUCUCCUGGUUACCCGUCCAGGCAUCUUUCCAAUGGAAUUUGGCUGCUGCUUUUUUGCAUUAAAUUGCCUCUGUGUCUUGGUCCUUUUGGAAACUGCUGCAGCCCAGAGCUCCAAAGGUUCUCAAUGUCGGUGUCCCCAGCAUGCCACUUGUAUCAACGGGACCCACUGCACCUGUAAUGAUGGAUUUGCUACUUGGAGUGGGCAGAAAUACUUCAAUGACCCUCUGGAGAUCUGUGAUGCUUUUGAAACACGUGUAAUCAGCAACUGCUCCCAGGAAAAUGGGAACUCUAGACUGGAAGCUCAGAAUAACUCAGUGGAAAUUUCCUGCAUGGACAUCAUCCACUCAGAUACUCAAGGUCCAAGUGCAGUUGCUUUCGUCUCCUAUUUUUCCCUUGGAACCAUUAUAAAUGCAUCCUUUUUUGAGGAGAACCAUGGGAAGAAGAGUUAUGGAAUCUACCUGAACUCCCAAGUAGUCAGCACUGCUAUAGGACCUCAGCAAUCUGAAUCCUCCUCUUUUUCUGUUCUUCUGAGUUUCCAGCACAUUCAGAAAAAGAAGGCAGAAGAAAGGUCUGUCUGUGUCUACUGGAAAGCACUGGAAGAUGAGGGAGGUGUCUGGUCCAAAGAUCUUUGCAACCUCAGCAAGUCCAAUGAAACACACACCAGCUGCAACUGCACCCACUUGUCUACCUUUGCUGUCCUGAUGGCUCCCAAAUCCCAGAAUAAGGAAGAAGAUUGGGUGCUGACAGUGAUCACUUUCGUGGGGCUGAGCCUCUCCCUACUGUGUCUCUUCCUGGCUGCCCUCACCUUCCUCCUGUGCCGCACCAUUCAGAACACCAGCACCUCCAUUCACCUGCAGCUUUCGCUCUGCCUCUUCCUGGCUGAUCUCCUCUUCCUCAUAGGAAUUAAACAAGCCAAAAAUCAGGUCCUAUGUUCCAUCAUUGCAGGCUUAUUACAUUUCUACCUGGCCUCUUUCACCUGGAUGCUGCUGGAAGGCAUGCAUCUCUUUCUAACUGCACGGAACCUGAUGGUUGUCAAUUACUCCAGAGUAAGCCAAUCACUGAUGAAGGUCAUGUAUCCCCUGGGCUAUGGAAUUCCAGCUGUGAUUGUGGCUAUUUCUGCAGCAUCAAGAGCAGAUCUUUAUGGAACAUCUUCCCACUGCUGGCUCCAGUCGAAUAAAGGAUUUCUCUGGGCUUUCCUUGGACCAGUCUGUACUAUAGUCUGUGUAAACUUUGUUUCUAUUCUUCUGGUCCUUUGGAUUUUGCAGAGCAAACUUUCCUCCCUCAGUAGUGACGUAUCCACUCUCCAGGACACAAGGUUGUUGACAUUUAAAGCCCUGGCUCAGUUGUGCCUGCUGGGCUGCACCUGGUGUCUGGGCAUUCUGCAGAUUGGCCCAGCUGCUUGGAUCAUGGCUUAUCUCUUUACUAUCAUCAACAGCCUGCAAGGAGUCUUCAUCUUCCUGGUGUACUGUCUCCUUAAUCAUCAGGUUCAGGAACAGUACAAAAGAUGGCUCAUGACAAUCAGGCAAACAAAAUCCGGAUCUGAGUCACUCGUGCUCUCAAGCAAGGUUGUCUCUAGCUCCACCCAAACCCAGACAGAGAAUCAAAAAUGAAAAACGUCUCAGUCCCAGUGGUCAGGAAAACGCUGCUCAUUGAUAUAGACCUCCUGGCCUGCCAACAGCCUGGCCUCACGAAGAAGUGAGGUGAAGAAGAGUAAAGAAUAUGCUGGCCAGUUUAGGGAGGAGACGACACCCUUCUGUGCCCUUCCUCACGUUGAAGGUUCCAGGGAGAACUCACCAAUGGGGGAAGGGGCAGAGAGAGGAGGCAGCCAACGCAUGGUAGCAAAGUCAAAAGGAUCAUGCUUAUACUUUGCCAAACCCCAACCCUGACUCAACACUGGGGUCCUUCUGGAUGAUCUGUCUUCUCUGGGUUUUUAUGACUCUGCUCUUUCUUAAUUCUCCUACUUAUCCAACUGUCUUCUCAGUCUCAUACGUUGGCUUUUCAUGUCACAGGAACUAAGUGGAGGUGUAAAGAAGGGUAUGCUGGUAACUGUUUAACAACCAGAUUGGAGUUGGGGGGAGGUGUUGGAAAUGUCUGCUGGGAACAUUUUUAAGUUUCAUCUGCACUGUUAACAUUUUCUCAAAUCUAGACAAUCAACAAAACAAUAAAUGAAGCCCUGUUUGGUAGCAUUUGCCAACUUCUGAGGGGCAAAUGCUCACAUUGUAAAAUAAUUAAGGAUAUUUUAUACCUAACCCUUGCAUAGUGUCUAGCACUACUGGAGGAAGUCACACAAACAUGCCAGCCCAACCUGGUUCUCCUACAAAUUUCAGUCAUCUAAUCUCAAUUGGGCCCUCGUUGCUCUUUGCCAAAUCUUUCAUUUUUUCCUGAUUGACUCAAUGUUGUGCUCCCCCUUAGGGGUUGUUCCAAACCUUCUCUCCUUGCCUCAAGCCUUCUACUUCAUCUAUUUCCUACUUCGUCUCAGCACAGAACUUUGCUUCAUGGUUUGUUGUUGUUUUCCCCCCUGGGAAAAUAAAGUGAAUUCAUCAGGAAA